AUGGAAGCGGCUGUGGGCAAGGAAGGGCCAAACCUGCACCUCUUGAAGGUGUAUGGGGUGGCUGGCCAGUGCCUCGUGGAAGUGGGAGACUGGUUUCAAAAUGGCAAACCAAAGACUUUAUCGAAUAAGCCAGAUAACCCUGAGAAAGGAAUAGCUGCUGAUGGUGAAGAGGUUUUUGAUUACACCGGGCAAUCCAAAUUUGUCCUAAAGAACCUUCGGUAUUACUCAGUUCAUCCAAAUUUGGCCCGGUACUAUGAACCUUUGAAAUCCACUGUACUACAGAAAUUCCUGGAUCAAAACAGGAAAACCACCAGCUUCAUGUUAAAAGUAACCGAGUUUGAUCAGGAUUUGACCUUACUGAUUAUGACCAAUAACCCACCUCCCUACUCAAUCAACCAGCAGGAAAAGGAUGGCACUCCAAAAUACUUUUCCCAAAAGUUAUUGCUCGAGGAAAUUCAUCAUAAUCAAAAACCCAGUGAGAACUUCUUCCUGCCCCUGAUGUCUCAGAAAAAAAAGUUAAGAUCCAGACUAAAACCAAUCUUCCCUAUGAAACGGCCAGAUGAUCCUACAUCCAAGCGAGAACAAUGGUUUAGGUUUUCCACUGACAAUGACUUCAAAAGUGAAGGAAAGUAUUCAAAAGUGUUUGCUUUGAAGAAACAGAAAAAAAUGUACCCUCAGCUCAGUUUUGCUCCAGUCUGUGAAAGGGAUAUGAGGAAAAAUGUUUCCAAGAAGUCUGUGAAUGAAAUGCUGACUCCCCAGAUGCUUUGGGAACCACUCACACUUUCAUCGCUGCUAGAAGAGAAGCCCACCAGAAUUGUGCCAGGGGAAAGCUCCUUCCGCAACGGAAAGGCUCAACAGUGGAUUAUCAAAAAUGCCACUGUCAUUAAGUGA